UUUAAAAACUGAAUUUAUGCUUUAUGUGAGUCAACUAUCUAGCCUUUUGAUGUUUUAUAAUAUAUUUAUUUAAUGUGGAUGUUAGUUUGAGAGUAACGUCUUACACAAAAUAAUAACAAACAACAAUGGCGGAGGGGGAAAAUACUCCAAGCAAGAAUGAGAACAGUUGGGAGAGCUGGUUGGGUGGCUGGGUACAGACAGCUAAAGAAAAGUCGACAUCGGCUCUAGAGUUUGUGAAGAAAGAUUUAGCAGAAUUCACCUGUACAAUGCAAAAAGACACAGAGUUGGUUGUAGAGAAAACAAAGGAAUCCCUCAAUAAGGAGAAAACAGCUCAAGCGACAAACAAAGUGAAAGCUGGGUUGACAUCAUUUUUAGACAAUUUGUCGAAGGUUCUUGUGAUUCCACCAGAUGAUGAUUAUAUUCAAAUGAAAAUUGCACCUGAUGGUAGUGGACUGUAUGAUAGGGGCAAGGCUCGCCUGAAUGCCAUUCAACUUGAUGCCAGCACCUACAUAGAUCCUCCUGAGGGCCCACCUGAGCAAUACAUUAUGUGGUUGGAGAGUUUUAAUGUUGAUGAGCAUAAAGGAGAAAUAUCUGAACUUCUUGUCUCUAAAGUAGAAGUUAGAGCACUUUAUACUAGACUGGUUCCUGGGGAAGUAUCUCAUGCAGAAUUUUGGCAAAGGUAUUUCUACAAAGUUCAUCAGCUCCAGUGUGAUGAAGCAAGGAAACAAGCUUUAAUGAAACGGGCUGAACAGUCAAAAGGGGAUUCAUUUAGCUGGGAUGAUGAUGAAGAAGAUUGGAGUGGAGAAGAAGAAGACAAUCACAGUGACUGGGAGAAGAUGCCUCGACCGCCUCAGUCAGCAUCCAGACAAACCAAUUUUCCUGAAAAAGUUCCUGUUUGCUCAGGCAGAGAUCAGCAAGGAAAAACUCAACAUGUUAUAAAUAAGGAUGUUGAUGAGCCCUGCAAACCAGCAGAAAACAAAGCAAUUGAAAAAGACAGUAAUCUCAGUUCUACACCCGCACCAGAAUCAUCUGUGGCAGUUCCAGCAGAAAGCAAUAAAAGUCCAGAAAUUAUUACAGAGUUGGGCCCAGGUAAAGCUAAUGAUGGAACAGAAAAUUGUUCAGAAGCUGAUAAAGAUUUGGGGUACACUGCACAUAUAAAUCCACCAGCCACAGACCUGUGGAGUCUUCACAUACCUGAUGAUGAUGCAGGUGCUGUUGUCACAGAACAGGACAGCGUUGAACAGCCAACCUGUUCUGCUGUUGACAGCCAGCUCCAACAAACCCAACAAAGACUGAGUGUCAGUGAACCUGAGGUUUCAGCUGUUCGGCAGGGGACAUCAUCUAGUUCACUAGAAGAUAACCUACCAGUACACGCUACUGCCACUUCUGGCUUAGUUACAAGUCAGCAUUCAAUUCCACACUGUUCUCCAGCAUCCAGUGAUGAAACAGGACCUGUUGAAUCAACAGCCUCAACCAAAGCCUUACCAGAGGUGGUUCCUGAACAGCCGGCCCCACAGGGUGCUGCAGGUGACUCUUGUGUUGGUGCACCAGCCACAACUUCAGAGAGUGCUUCGGCUUCAACAUCUUACAUGAGUGUUGACCCAGAAACAUCAACAUCUGAUGUCAUUGUUGAUCAGUUAACCACAACACCUGGUGUCAUUAUUGACCAGUUGACCCCAUCACCUGAUGUCAUUGUUGACCAGUUGACCCCAGCACCUGAUGUCAUUGUUGACCGGUUAACCCCAGCACCUGAUGUCAUUGUUGACCAGUUGACCCCAGCACCAGAUGUCAUUGUUGACCAGUCAACCCCAGCACCUGAUGUCAUUGUUGACCGGUUAACCCCAGCACCUGAUGUGACUGUUGACCAGUUGACCCCAGCACCAGAUGUCAUUGUUGACCAGUUAACCCCAGCACCUGAUGUCAUUGUUGACCAAAUGACUGAGAUUCCUGUGGAAAGUUUACCUGCAGAUGAUGUCAAGAAUAUUGGCAUGACAAUCAAAGGAGACAUGGUGGUUGUUGGAGAAAAUGUCAGCCCGACAUCUUCUGAAACCAGUGACCAUAAAGAAAUGAGCAGUUCUGAUUUGACUUCUCUAUGUUCAUUUAAAAGAGAUUUUCUCUGCCUGCUUCCAGAAUUAGGGCAGGAAGAUGACUGGGAAGAUGAUUUUGAUAUUGAAGUCACAGAAGAUGACUUAAAAGUUGCAGAUGAUAUAGCCAAACGCCUUGGAGAAAAUUUGAAUGUUGAUGAUGACUGGGAAAAUUGGGAAUAACACCAUCACUUUGUUUAUCUUACUUUCUGUGGGAGGAAUUGAAACCUGGGCAACUCAUCAUGUCAGGAUGCAGUCACUGUGUUACUUACAUGUUUCCUGGUGGAUUAUCUUUUCUUAUUUCAGCACACACACACAGCAGAGUUUUAGAAUAAGAUUUCAUCAUCAUUGAGAAAAAUUAACAGUACAAUUUCUAUAUAACUAUCACCCUUUUUUAUCUUUUUGGGUUUUAGGAGUUUAAUUUUUAUUUAACUAUAGCUUUGACAUAAUCAAUAUUUAAUAUUAACACUUGUGUAGACAGUAGUUCCAAUUUGUAAUCUUAAAAGUACAUAUCAGCCAUCAUGGUUUGAGAAAACAGGUACAUCAUUUUAUUUCAUUGUUAGGAGAAAAACAUUUUUUUAACUAUUCACAUAUUUUUGUUACAAAGAAUUAUUUUUUGUGUGUUCUUGUUAACAUUUUUAUCAAUUUAAGUUACAGAAAUGUUUCCUGCAAUGUCAAUAUAAUGUUUUCUAUCAAUUUUAUUGUUUUGCAAUUAAAGAUGAAACUUCUGCAGUUAUUUUUGUGAAUGAAACCAGAUUUAUCCGAAAACAAAUGUGAAUUUUCUGAGAUAAAUGUUUCAUUUUUUAAAACGUUGUACAUAAAUUGGGCGCAUUUAAUGGCAUGACUCCAUCGGCUGUGAAAACCUUGUCUGAUUACUGUAUUGGACGGAUAAUACUAAUAAAAUAGCAUUUUAUGAAUCAAA